AUGACUACCGUUCAAAGAGAUGUUUAUAACCCUCUUCUCUUCGAGAUUGCCUGGGAAGUUGCUAACAAAGUUGGUGGUAUCUACACAGUCAUCAAGACCAAGGUCCCUGUUACUGUCCGUGAAUUUGGAGAUCGUUAUACAUUAAUUGGUCCUUUAUCUUACAAGAGUGCUCCAAUGGAGGUUGAAGCCUGCGAACCUGCUAACGAGAAGAUGAAGCAAGUUCUCGAUUCCAUGGCUCAAUACGGUGUCAAGUAUCUCUAUGGUCGCUGGUUAGUAGAAGGAUCUCCUUAUGUCCUUUUGUUUGAUACUGGCAGUGUCGCUCACAAAUUGGAUGAAUGGAAAGGCGAUCUCUGGCGCUCUGCUGGUAUCCCAUCUCCUCCACACGAUACCGAAACCAAUGAUGCUAUUCUCUUUGGUUAUUUGGUCACUUGGUUCUUGGGCGAACUCACACCAAAGUACAACAAGUCUGGAGACCCAGCUAUUAUCUGUCAUUUCCACGAAUGGUUAGCUGGUGUAGCCGUGCCUUUGAUCAAGAAGCGUCAUCUUGACGUUUGUACAAUUUUCACUACUCAUGCUACUCUUUUGGGUCGUUACCUCUGUGCUGGCUCUGUUGAUUUCUACAACAACCUCGCCAACUUUGAUGUCGAUGAGGAGGCUGGCAAGCGUGGUAUCUACCAUCGUUACUGCAUUGAACGCGGUGCUGCCCACUGUGCCGAUGUUUUCACCACUGUAUCCCACAUUACAGCUUAUGAAUCCGAGCAUUUGUUGAAGCGCAAGCCUGAUGGCGUAUUGCCCAAUGGUUUGAACGUGGUCAAGUUCUCUGCUAUGCAUGAAUUCCAAAAUCUCCACGCCCUGUCCAAGGAGAAGAUCAAUGACUUUGUUCGCGGUCAUUUCUAUGGUCACUACGACUUUGAUCUCGACAACACCAUCUACAUUUUUACCGCCGGCCGUUAUGAAUAUCGUAAUAAGGGUGUCGACAUGUUUGUAGAGUCUCUUGCUCGUUUGAACGCCCGUCUCAAGUCUUCUGGCUCCAAGAUGACAGUAGUUGCUUUCCUCAUCAUGCCUACUGCUACCCACUCUUUUAACGUCGAGGCAUUGAAGGGUCAAGCUGUCACACGUCAAUUGCGCACCACCGUAAGUGAAAUUCAGGACCGUGUCGGUAAGGCCAUCUACGAGAACGCCCUUCGUCUCGAAGACAUCAACCCUACCAACUUCCUUUCUGAUGCCGACAAGGUUCUCUUAAAACGUCGUGUGUUUGCUCUCAAGCGUACUACUCUACCUCCCAUUGUCACUCACAACAUUGUUGAUGAUGCAAAGGACCCCGUCUUGAAUCAACUUCGUCGCCUCAACAUGUUCAACAACUCUGAUGAUCGCGUCAAGAUUGUAUUCCAUCCUGAAUUUUUGAACGCCAACAACCCCUUGAUUGGUAUGGAUUAUGAAGAGUUUGUCCGUGGUUGUCAUUUGGGUGUCUUUCCCUCUUACUAUGAGCCUUGGGGUUACACUCCCGCUGAAUGUACUGUUAUGGGUGUUCCCUCCAUCACUACUAAUCUCUCUGGUUUUGGCUGUUUCAUGGAGGAGAACAUUGAAAACUGUGAUGAUUACGGUAUUUACAUUACUGACCGUCGCAUGAAGUCCGUCGAGGAUUCUCUCCAACAAUUGUGUGACCAAAUGUACCAAUUCGUUCAAAAAACUCGUCGUCAACGUAUCAACCAACGUAACCGUACUGAACGUUUGUCUGAUCUUCUUGAUUGGAAGCGCAUGGGUCUUGAAUAUAUCAAAGCUCGUCAAUUGGCCCUCCGUCGUGCCUAUCCCGAUAGUUUCAUUGAUGAUGAUGAAGAAGAGCUCUUGUCUGAUGCUCCUGUCAAGAUUCCCAAGCCUUUGUCUGCCCCUGCAUCUCCCCGUUUGAGAAUGGAAGUCAACAACAUGUUCAAUGACGAUGAAGAGGAAGAGGAUUUCUUAUUCCCUGCUCUCCGCAGAAAGAACCAAGUUCAAACAAGAGAGCAGGAGCUUUUGAGUGAAGGUGAUAUUGAAGCAUUCAACAAGCUAACGCUCGAAAACAAGGAAGCCCAUCAUUAA